UCUGUUUGAAUUGCAAUACUGUAAUUACCAGUAAAGGAAGAAAGCUACGAAAUCAUCGCAUCUGCAUCCCAUGAUAGCAGACCAGCAAGAGAAUCCGGAAACUCGAAGAAAAAUGGACAAGCGCGAGACGGAGAAAUUGAACGAGCACGUACAGCUAAGAGAAGGAACCUGGAAUAUUCUUACUACAACUUAUAAGGAUCGAAAUUUACGGGAGGCGCUCUGGAAGGAGAUAGCUGGCGAAAUGAAGAUGGUACCGUCCGAAAUAAAAAAACAAGUGGAACAGUUUGCGUUGCUCCUUCCGGACAACUUUAAACAAAAUGAAUUCAACAAAGAGGGGACAAGGAGCUUCUACCAAGCAACCACCACAAAUCUUCCAUUUGUUAAAGUUUCUAGAACCGACUUUGCGAUUGGAGGCACCAACAAUUUCAAAUUUAUCAGAAGUAUGUAUGCAUCAUUUACAGUACACAUAUUUUGUUCUAUUGUAUUACUAAUUUCGUUUCCUUGUAUGACUUGGGUACUUUGGAUACCAUUGAUGAAAAUGAGAACACUCAGACACCAACUAUUGUCGCGAAACGACGCCGUAAUGACGAUUCGUCGUAUAUUAAAGUAGUAGAACGCGCUUUGGAGACCACGGAGGAAGCUUCCAAGUCGGAUAUUUGGGAUGACAUAGGCAGUUUCGUUACAGCAAAUGGACGCGAGUGGCUCACAAAGUUCCCUGCAUUAGCUGUCGAAUUUAAAACAGAAAUAUAUAAACUUGUACUCAGAUUCCAAGAGAAGGAAACAGAAGCAGAAAUACAAUUCUUAUAAUGCUGUAGCUACACA